GAGUUGAACCUUGGUGUGAAAGUUGUAGCUUGCAGGCACGGUGACCACUGACCAGGCGACUUGUGUACGCAUGAGCACGUGACCGCUUACUCACCCGUGUUCGAUUGGGAAUAACGGCCGAACGCUGCAUCGCAGCCUUUUCGGACCAAAACCAGUCGACUCAGCGUCCGAAAGACUACAACAUAUGGACCAAUCGCGGUCAUCCGUGCUUUUAUAAGAACGAAACAGCGCUUUAAGUGACUUUUUGCAUACAAAUCCCCAUCUAGUAGGGCGCAGUCACCCAUUUUCGGUGGAAGUGCGCGAGUUUGAUUUGGAAUAAAGGAGGAAGGGAGCGUCUCAGCUUCCUCGGACCAAGACGAUCAAGUUCGACUCAGCACCCCGAAAACUACAACUGGUGAAAUAAUAAUUUGUUUUUGGGCUUAACUUCCCCUUCCAGCUUAUUGGUUUUCCGACAUCCUGACGUGACACUUGCCUGCCAUCCAUCCCAUUGCCGAUUCGAAGGAACCAUGGACUUUUUUUGUGGUCUGGAUGGCAGUCUCAGCAAUCAUGACUGUCACGGUCGAGUCAGGUUGGCGGGAAAAUCUGGAGCUCCAGUGUAGACUGUGUAGACCGAGUUGUGUUGUUUGAACCAGCUCUACCUCUCAUUGUUUGAACCAGCUCUGCCUCUCGGUAUUGAGCACUCUCUUGGACAGCCUGGAACCUCUCUGUUUUAUACUGAGUUGUAUGUAGCAUUGCACUGCCAGUUACAGUGAGAUUCGGGUAACGUUCAUGACGCUCAAUGUCGAUACUGACAUUUGUUUUAAGUAGGACUGUAAAUAUUCACUGUAUGAGCUGGCAAUGCACCGUGCGAUAACCGUCAUGCCGACUGACUGAACGUCAGAUAUGCGACUUGCUCCUGUGCGCUCUUCCGAUGAUUUCGGGGAGUCUAUUCUAGCACACCUGCUCCCCUCCUGGCUGCGGGGAAAAGGGACUUGUCAUUUGGGUUUUUGUUUCUCACACUCUGCUUUCGUCAUGGUGUAUGUGUGCAGUUCGCUAGCCAGAGGCAAGGCAAGAUGACGAAUCCAUGGAAGAUGUUGGAGUUCAGGCGUAUGGUUCCAACCAUAAUAGAAACCCUCGAUCCUCCUGGAAUACGGAUGGGUUGUGACGCUUGCGGAAUCAUCACGCUGCGAUUCAAGAAAAGCUUGACUUCGAUUCGUGACCCGAUCGAUCACAAUGAAAGACUCCUAGAUGAGCUGAGAGGUGGAGAUGCAGAUUCGUUCCACAUGUUUCUUAGUUGCAUAAGAGAUUCAGAGACUGACACACGUGUCAGAGAGAUUUUAGCUGAACUGGAACCGCUGGACAUUCAUCAUGUACCUAAAGAUGACUCGAGAAUGACUGACAAUUUGAAGGUAGUUGGCAUGAACGCAGCACCUGCCAGCCUGUUCGCAAGCUUGCAGAACCAAGGCAUGCCUGAUGCAGCCACCACUGCAACCACUACCCCUGCUGCCACCGCCACCACCCCUGCAGCCACCAUCACCACUGCCACCACCACUGCCUCCACCACCCCUGCAGCCACCGCCCCUGCAUCCACCAUCACCCCUGCAGCCACCGCCCCUGCAGCCACCACUCCUGCAGCCACUGCCCCUGCAGCCACUGCCCCUGCAACCACUGCCCCUGCUGCCACUGCCACCACCACUAGCACUCCUACCAACAGUGCCGGAGGGGUGACAUCGAUUGAUCAGGUCAGCGCCGGUAUGCGUCUUGAAGCUGCGGACAGAAAGAACCCCGGCAUGACGGGCGUGGCGUCCAUCAAGAAAGUGAACGAUGCCGGUAGCCGCGUGGAGAUCCAUUUUGACGGCUGGUUGGAUUCGUACAACUACUGGUGUGAUAUCACAGACAACGAUAUACACCCAGUGGGCUGGUGUGCGGCUAACUGCAAGACUCUCCAUCCUCCGAUUGGUCUUGCAUUUGGCGGCUGGAAGUCGUACCUGUCGCGGAACAAUUUCGCGUGUGUACCUGAAGAUGUCUUUACGGAUCAACAAAAAAGUGGCAUGAGCAUUAGCAAUGAAAGCACUGGGUCUGUGCCAUCUGCUAUCAAUGAAGUGAGCGUUGGCAUGCGUUUGGAGGCUGUGGACGUGCACAAUCCAAAUUUGACGAGUGUGGCGUCUAUCAGCGCCGUGGAUGUCACGGCCAACACAGUCGAGAUUUACUUUGACGGCUGGUCUAACGACUUCACCUAUUGGUGUAACCUUAGCGAUACCAACAUCCAUCCCAUUGGCUGGUGCAAGGCCAAUGGAAAAGAGUUGAUCCCACCACAUGGCAUACCGUUCACCAACUGGUCAAGCUAUCUAGCGACACGCGGUUAUAAGGCUGUGCCAAGACACGUAUUCACUCUUCUGGGAGCGGCGUGGCCGGAUAGCGUAGCUGCGCAGCAAGCACACGGCAUGACCCCUCCCGCUAGCCGUUUCGCACCCGCCAUGAGGCUAGAGGCACGCGACCGCCUGAACCCGCACAUGAUGUGCGUGGCGAGGGUUGCCCACGUGGAGGGUAGCAGCAUGUUGAUUGCGUUGGAUGGCUGCUCGCAGAAGUAUAACUACUGGUGUAGUCCGGACUCGGACGAUAUCCACCCUGUUGGCUGGUGUGACCGAGUGGGCUUUCAACUGCAGCCGCCAAAAGGACGGUCAAGCACCGAUUUCGAUUGGAAAUCCUACUUACAAGAAAUAGCUGCAGUGGCUGCUCCGAAGCGGCUUUUUGCGGACGAAGGCAGCACGCGAGUUUCUUGCUUCAUGAAGAGUAUGAAGCUGGAAGCAAAGGACCCCGCACACCCUGGGCCAAAACCAGCAUACGGCGUGGCAUCGAUAGCUCAGGUCCAGGAAGGCCGUUUGUUCAUCCAUUUUGACGGCCGAAGCAAUGACGGCGACUACUGGUGUGAACGAUCAUCACCAGACAUUCACCCAAUCGGCUGGUGUGGUCAAAGUGGUCUGGAGCUGUGUAAACCCCCUGGAUUGACGGGUUGCUUCAUCUGGUCCGAGUAUAUUAAGUCACAGAAUGCACGUGCGGUACCGACCUACCUUUUCACGGAAUUGCAACAGUACAGCUCACCGGCCCAGCCUCAGUUCAAGCCAAGUAUGAGACUGGAGGCAAAGGGCCGCAAGAGUCGUACAUCGAUCUGUGUGGCCGCGGUGCAGAAGACUCGAGGCAAGACGGUUUCAAGUGGGAUGGAUAUUUGCGGAGUUUCCAGUUGGAAAAGGCGCCGGAGGCGUGGUUCACUCCGGCCAGUUUGAAGGGACCCUGCUAAGGCACAUCUAACAAUCUAAACCUAAUCUUGAUGACUCUCCCGUAGAAGUAGGCCAUGUUAGGACUGCCAAGCAUCCAGCGCACUAAGUGCUGCACCACUGUGCCUGCAUAUCCAGCUCAAUAGAGAAGUGCUCAGCCAGCCAAGUAGACCACCAGCUCCAGCACUGCUGCUACCGCUGACACUGCCGCAGCCACCGCCGUUACCGCUGACACUGCCGCAGCCACCGCCGUUACCGCUGACACUGCCGCAGCCACCGCCGUUACCGCAGCAACUCAUUGCUGUCUGAUGAUCGGUAAAAACCGCUGAACUCAGAGUUACAGCAGAAACGCUUUUGAUGCCUUUUUCAAGUGUGUGUGUGUAUGAGUACCGGUAUAUGUAUGAAAGACAAGCUGAUUUGAAUGCCACCCAUAGAGAUGUCUGAAUUCCAUACAUUGGACGAUUAUGAGUUUGAUAAUAGAUUCAUCACACAUCGUACACCUAAAUUGUUUUGACUUUGUUCAUUGGAAGAGAGAAACAAAAAUUGUAGUAGUAUACAAACAUUUGGGAGAUAGCAGUUUUAUUAUAGCAACAAGAACGACUACUUGCACUGUAAGCAUUUUCCUAA